AUGAUCUUGAUUCAAAACUGGGCACCACAUCAAGUCUUGCAACCAAUUGCUCAAAUUAAUCCUCCAUUACAAGCAUUCAGAGAUGCAGGAUACAGUUCUGCUGAUUAUGAGAUCACCAUUCAAGAUAUUGUUUAUGCCAUGUGGAGAGCCAAGGAAAGAGGCAUGAUUGAUUUGACUACUUUUGAUCUUGAAGAAUAUGAACAAUACGAAAGAGUUGAUCAAGGUGAUUUCAACGUAAUUUCAAAAGAUUUCAUUGCAUUUGCAUCCCCACAACAAAGUAAGAGAGGUGGUAUUAAUGAACCUUUCCAGAAAGUGUUGGACUACUUCAUCGAACACGAUGUUCAAUUGGUUGUUCGAUUAAAUUCCCAUUUGUAUGAUGCUAAAGAAUUCACAAAAAGAAAUAUUAAACACAUUGAUAUGAUAUUCGAAGAUGGGACUUGUCCAACUUUAGAAUAUGUGCAAAAAUUUAUCGGUGCUGCCGAGUGUAUCAUCAACAAAGGUGGGAAAAUAGCAGUUCAUUGUAAAGCAGGAUUGGGAAGAACUGGAUGUUUGAUUGGUGCCCAUCUCAUAUACACACAUGGAUUUACUGCUAAUGAAUGUAUUGCUUACAUGCGUAUGGUUAGACCUGGUAUGGUAGUGGGUCCACAACAACAUUGGCUUUACUUGCAUCAAGAUGAUUUUAGAAGUUGGAGACAUACAAUGAUUGUUGACAAUAGACCAGACGAAUUUAUUGGUAAUUUAUUCCCAUUGUGUUCAUAUGAAGAGUACAAACAAAGAAUAAGAGAUGCAAGAAGAAGAGAAAGAUUACAAUUGCAACAACAAAUGACUUCUCCAUUUGGCGACUCAUCCGUUACUAAUACUCCAAUAAGAAGAAGAAAAAUCAGUGGUGCAUUGGCAUCUAAAAUCCAAACAGUUGUGCCAAUGGAAUCACCUGGACAACCAAGAAAAUACCUUGAACAGUCUGAUGAUGAAGAUAUCGAUAAUGGUGAAAAUGCCAUACAAGAAAUUGAAAUGGCCAAUAACUCCGAUGAUGAAAAUACCAUGCAAGAUAUUAUUCAAAGCUCGCCAGCAAGAUAUAAUUCAGUUACUCCUAACCGAAAAGAAAGUUCUGAUUGGAGAGUAUUGCGUUCGAUAUCUACUAAUAGCGUAACUGGACAACAACCUAUUCAUGUGAUUAAAACUACAACAACCACCAGAACAGUAACUAGCGAGACUUUAUCAUCACCACCAGGUUCUUCACCAACUAAUUUCUUAAAAGUAUGCAAAACAAGGUCAAGAACUAGGGUGGCUUCUGGAGGUAACCCAAAUCAAAGAGUACAUUCUGGAGGAAUCAGAAAACUUAGUGGAAAAAAGCACUAA